AUGAAUUCACCCGCGAGAAAGAUUUUAAAAAAGCGAACGCAAGAACUGGGAAACAUUUCAAACCAAUCGGACUUGCAUCGGUUUCGCAAGGAUUUACUCAAAAAGCUCGAGAUGAAAACGGUGAUUAAAGAAAACCACGAGAGAGCGAUCGAGGAGAUGCAAUAUAACUUUACCACGAGCUUCAACUCGAAAUGUUCGAACUUAUUCGCCUCGGUCGGCGCGGACAUGCUCACGGUGUACGACGACAAUCACUUCGGGGAUCACGUGGCGUUGGUGUGUCAGUUUAAAAAUACAGAAAAUCUAGAGGCGAAGACGAAAGGAGGACCGUUGUAUUGUUUAUCUUGGGUGGACGCGAAAAGAAGCGAACACGAACAAGGCGACGCCUUGAUUGCAGUCGCAGGAGAGGAUAUGGUGGUUUCUAUCGUUUCCGUGAGUGAAUCCGCAGUCGUGCAGAUUUUGCGAGGCGGACACGCGAAAGCGCCGAUAACCGGUCUGGCGACGAACAAAAACUUGAGCGAUAUCGUCGUGUCUUUGUCGGAAGAGGAGCAAAAAAUAUGCAUGUGGAGUUUAAAGGAAAACAGAGUGAUUGCUGAAAUUAUAAACGUUGGGAUUGGGUGUAAAACGAUGACGUUGUUGGAAGACGGGAGUUUGGUGUGCGGCUUUAAAACCGGGUCCAUCGGGAAGAGAUUUACGAACUUUAUCUCCCUCGUUUCUUCCGUCGUCGCAAAUAAUGAUAUUACUACUACUACUGCUACUACUUAUCCGAAGAAGAUGAGUUCCGUGGACGCAUCGAAAGAUUCGAAAUGUUACGCGACGGUGAAUUUUGGGUUUGGCCAAGCAUCCGCGAAAUCCAAAUCCAUCGGCAUCGAUUGCAUCCAAAGCUUCGAGGAAGAUAUCGAAGAAGGAGAAGAUAACAAGAAGAAGAAACAGAAGAAAACGGCGACGGAUAACAACAACAACAACAACACGAAGAAGAAGAAAGAAGAUAGCAUCAUCAACGCACCGAAAAGAAGGCAGAUUCUCGUCGCGAAAAGCGCCUCCUCGGAGGUUUCCGUGGUUGAUUUUUCCGAUGGAUUUGACCAAGCGAAGAUUGAAACCACGUUUCGCGUGGAAGACGCAAAAUCCAACGCUCCCGCGCCGACGUCGAAAACGAACGGGAAAAGAACCGUAUCGUUUGGUUUAUCCCACGAUGGCGCGUUCCUCGCCUGUGGUAACGGUACCAGAGAUGGCAUCGUCUACGUCUACGAUUUAAACGCGAAGAAAAAUGGAAACGACGGUCUUAGCGACGACGCCGCUCAACCUUCUUCGCCUUUACUCGCGGCGAAACUCCUCCCUCACGAGCGUCACUCGGGCACCAUGCUCGACGUCAUCCGCUCGUGCGCGAUCGCCAAAGACUGUCGACACGUGUUAGGCACUACCGACGCGAACGACGGUACCAACAGAGCCGGGAUUGUUUUCCGAUACGAAAUCAUCCCGGAACAACCGAAAGAAUACGAACCGAAAAGCGAAGGAGGAGAAAAAGAAGAAGCCAUUGAAGCCGUCGUUGAGGAUAAGGAAAACUAA